ACAGAUGCAGGUGCUUCGGAGGCAGGAGGUGGGUGUCUAGCAUCCGUAGCCUAACUAAUAGUGCUAAGAGAGAAGAAUCUUUGUGGGAUGCCGGGGUCAGAUGUCCCUCCAGAAUGGGAACCAGCACGCAGGCUGCUAUUCCGGGGCUCUGAUCAAACCGUUUAUUUAUAGCGCUGGGGGAGGGCUCCCAACACAGGCAGCAGAAAGGCUGAUCUGCUGCAAUGUCACUGUUAACACUGCCACUGCAGACAGCCAGCACCUGCCAUUGCCGUCGCCGCAGAGGACAGAGGUCUCUCAGCUGCAGACCCCAGGGGCCGCUGGGCCCCGUGUCAGAGCCUGAUGGGCAGCACCAUGGAGCCCCCGGGGGGUGCGUACCUGCACUUGGGCGCUGUGACCUCCCCGGUAGGUACAGCCCGAGUGCUGCAGCUGGCCUUCGGCUGUACUACCUUCAGUUUGGUUGCUCACCGAGGUGGUUUUGGGGGUGUCCAGGGCACUUUCUGCAUGGCUGCUUGGGGCUUCUGUUUUGCCCUCUCCGUCCUGGUGGUAGCCUGUGAGUUCACGAAGCUCCACAGCUGCCUGCGCCUUUCCUGGGGCAACUUUACAGCAGCCUUUGCCAUGUUGGCGACUCUGCUGUGCGCCACGGCUGCGGUCAUCUACCCUCUGUACUUCACCCGACUGGAGUGCCCACCAGAGCCUGCCGGAUGCAUGGCCAGAAACUUCCGCCUGGCAGCCAGCGUCUUCGCAGGACUCCUCUUCCUGGCCUAUGCUGCUGAAGUGGCCCUGACGCGGGCACGGCCAGGCCAGGUAGCCAGCUACAUGGCUACCGUGUCCGGACUCCUUAAGAUCGUCCAGGCCUUUGUAGCGUGCAUCAUCUUUGGGGCACUUGUUCAUGACAGUCGCUAUGAGCGCUACGUGGCCACACAGUGGUGCGUGGCUGUCUACAGCCUGUGCUUCAUGGCCACCGUGGCUGUGGUGGCCCUGAGUGUGAUGGGACACACAGGGGGCCUGGGAUGCCCGUUUGACCGCUUCGUGGUCGUGUACACCUUCCUGGCCGUGCUCCUGUACCUCAGUGCCGCCGUCAUCUGGCCCGUCUUCUGUUUUGACCCCAAGUACGGAGAGCCAGGACGGCCUCCCGACUGCCUCCGAGGCAGCUGCCCCUGGGACAGCCAGCUAGUGGUAGCCAUCUUCACCUACGUCAACCUGCUCCUUUAUAUCAUCGACCUCGCCUACUCUCAGAGGAUCCGUUUUGUGCCUGCCUUGUAGCCUGGCCCAACCAUCGGGAUCCUCUCUCUGGCUAUCACGGUGGACUAAGACAUGGGAGACAAGAGGGAGGUUGGGGGCUCAGGCAAGUCUGCCCUUGGACAUCUGGCAGCGCUAAGAGAGACAAAGAGGAAGGACAGAGGAGCAGGAAGCCUUGAGCAGGGAGGAGGGAUAGCUAAUGGCCUCUCGUUCUUCUUGUCUCUGUCUCUAUCUCUUGUCUAUUUCUCAGGUUCCCGACUGUCCUUGGGUCUAGUGAUAGUCAUGGUACCCUAUGGAAACUUUUGGAGCAGAGGCGUUUGUAUUUCGUUUUACAGAUGGGAACGGUGAAGCUGGAAGAACUUCAGAGGUGGGCAGGUAUCAGUGUCUUGAGAUAGUGCAUAGCUGGGGUAAUACCAGUUAGAACUCGAGCAAUUUCCUGAGGUGGAAAUGGAUAAAAACCAAGCCAAGGACAGCAGCGUCCGGUCAUUGGAAGGAAUGAUGGAGCUGAAACCUCCUGCUUGUCUGGAGGGGAAGUUUCUAGAACCCCGGGAGGAGUCUCCUUUGGGAUGGUUGUGAUCAUUUGUAGAGAAACCUGGCAGCAAGGAUGGACCUCACCUGUGUCCAGGAGUAUCCCAGGGGGCUCAGCCUUUUUUUUUUUUUUUUUUUUUUUUGAGAAAAGACUGUGCUGUGGUUCUCAGGUGGCCAUCGAUGGAACUUUUUCCCAUACACCCAACGCAGACUGUGGCCCAGAAGCCUCUGCAGAGCCUACCAUGGCAGGUUGGCUUGGUUGGCAGCAUUGACUCACAGUGAAGAACCAUCUUGGCGUAUCCACUGGGUCAUGGAGCCUGGUCACAGGCCCUCCACUCAAGCAUCUUGUUAGCCAGUUGCUCCUGAACGCCAGAACGUGCUGGCAUCCUCCACUCUCGACUCAGCGUCUCCUGUGGAAGAGCCCAGACUGGAUUAACCAUGGGGAGCCCUUCAGUUCAUUAACUGACUGUCCCCCCGGUCCUCCAACAGGGAAUAA